GUGCUUAAAAGCGCAGAAGCACCGCUGCAGCUGCGUUUCCGCGUUGCCUGAGCGGAGAGAGUGGAGGGGAGGGGAACGGCGAGAGCGAGCGAGCAGCGGAGACGCAGUGGGACACAGAGUCGGAGAAGAAUUACAUAGACGCACCACAGCCACACAACAAAUACAUAGAGAAUCGAACAUUGAGCGUCAAGGAGCCCGACCCGAGUGGUGCGCGGCCGAAACCCUUUUCACUAUGUAAAACCACCAGCUAAAAUGUGAGAUUUACGGAGGGCAUCAGAAGAGAGCGAGAGAGUGGCUUUACCCCGUUAUCUUUGGCGGGUCAUCUCAAUUUUGCUUUCCGUUGUCAUCGCAGUGUUUCUGGGGGUAAAAUGAAGAAGUUUAACAUCAGGAAGGUGUUGGACGGCCUAAAGGAGCAGGCGUCUUCCUCUGUUUCGUCUGGCCAGUCGGGCGCCCCGGAGAACAAUUUGAUGCACGAGACCCUUCAGUCCGAGAAUUUUCAGCUCUGCAAGACUGUCCGUCAUGGCUUCCCCUAUCAGCCGUCGUCCAUGGCCCAUGACCCAGUCCAGAAGAUCCUGGCCAUUGGGACCCAGAGCGGGGCACUCAGACUGUUUGGUCGUCCAGGUGUGGAGUGCUACUGUCAACAUGAGAGUGGAGCAGCCGUCAUCUCGCUACAGUUUCUCAUCAAUGAGGGGGCGCUGGUGAGUGCUCUGGCAGACGACAGCGUGCACCUCUGGAACCUGAGGCAGAGGAGGCCCGCCAUCCUCCACUCGCUCAAGUUCAACAGAGAGAGGAUCACAUUCGUCCACCUGCCAUUCCAGAGUAAAUGGCUGUACAUCGGCACAGAGAAAGGAAACAUCCACAUCGUCAACGUGGAGUCGUUCACACUCUCAGGCUACGUCAUCAUGUGGAACAAAGCCAUCGAACUAUCCUCCAAGGCCCACCCAGGUCCUGUGGUCCACAUAAGUGACAACCCCAUGGAUGAGGGAAAGCUCAUCAUUGGAUAUGAGGCUGGAAUUGUGGUCUUGUGGGAUCUGAAAUCUAAGAAAGCAGACUACCGCUACACUUACGACGAGGCGAUCCACUCGGUUGCCUGGCACCAUGAGGGCAAGCAGUUCAUCUGUAGUCACUCAGACGGAACGCUCACCAUAUGGAACAUCAAGGGCCAGGGCAAGCCAUUUCAGACAAUCACCCCACAUGGAAAGCAGCCCAAGGAUGGAAAGAAGCCAGAGCCCUGCAAACCCAUCCUCAAAGUGGAGUACAAGACCACUAGACUGGGAGACCCCUUCAUGAUCCUGUCUGGAGGUCUGUCGUAUGACACGGUGGGUCGGCGGCCAUGUCUGACGGUGAUGCAUGGGAAGAGUACAGCCGUGCUGGAGAUGGACUAUCCUAUCGUAGACUUCCUCACGCUCUGUGAGACGCCAUACUCUAACGAUUUUCAGGAACCUUAUGCUGUAGUGGUCCUUCUAGAAAAGGAUUUAGUUGUAAUCGACCUUGCACAAAAUGGUUACCCCAUAUUCGAGAACCCCUAUCCACUGACCAUUCACGAGUCUCCGGUUACCUGCUGUGAGUACUUUGCUGACUGCCCUGUGGACCUCAUACCCGCACUUUACUCUGUUGGCUCCAGACAGAAACGACAGGGCUACAGCAAAAAGGAGUGGCCAAUCAGUGGUGGUAACUGGGGCCUCGGCACACAGAGCUACCCUGAGAUCAUCAUCACUGGGCAUGCUGAUGGGACUGUCAAGUUUUGGGAUGCUUCUGCAAUAAUGCUCCAGGUACUGUACAAGCUGAAGACGGCCAAGGUGUUUGAGAAGAGCAGGAAUAAUAAGGAGGACAAGCAGAACACAGAGAUUGUGGAUGAGGACCCGUUUGCCAUCCAGAUCAUGGCCUGGUGUCCUGAGAGCAGGAUGCUGUGUGUGGCCGGGGUGUCUGCCAACCUCAUCAUAUACCGCUUCAGCAAGCAGGAGAUCACCACCGAGGUCGUACAGCUGUUGGAGGUACGUCUGCAGUACGAGGUGAAUGACAUGGAGUCCCCUCCAGAGGGGGGAGGAGGGGGGGACCGUGACCUGCCCACCCCAGGAGCAGCCUCACCUAGCCCCCAGACCACCGGACCCCCGACUCACCCCUCCACCAGCAGCAACUCCUCUGACGGGGUCAGAGACAACGUACCCUGCCUCAAGGUGCGUAGUACCCCUCUGAAGCAGUCUUCAGGGUAUCAGGUAGAGUUGGUGGUGCAGCUGGUGUGGGUAAGUGGAGAGCCCCAACAGAUCACCAGCUUGGCCCUCAACUCCUCCUACGGCCUGAUUGUGUUUGGCAACAGUAAUGGUCUGGCAGUGGUGGACUACCUCCAGAAGACAGUGCUGUUGAACCUGGGGACAGUGGAGCUGUAUGGGUCUAACGAUCCCUACCAGAGACAGGCUCGCUCUCCACGCAAGGCACGCCAGCCCGCCGGAGGUCUGUGUGACAUCAACGAGGGUUCUGCCUCGGAGGACCGCUGCAAAUCCCCCACUUCAGUGUUGGCGUCAAACCAUCAGCAAUUCUACAAUGGAGGUGGGGGUAGAGGAGACCACCGGGACAACUCCUUCAGCCGUUCACGAUCCUCCUCCGUCACGUCCAUCGACAAGGAGGCGCGCGAGGCCAUCACCUCCUUCCACUUCUGCGAGACAUUCGCCCGGAAGGGGGACAGCGCCAUCACACCAUGCCUAUACGUGGGAACCUCCCUGGGAACAGUGCUGGCUGUGGCCCUCAACCUGCCCCCUGCUGGGGAACAAAGGCUGCUGCAGCCCGUUAUCGUCUUACCUAGCGGUACCCUGGCACGACUGAAGGGCAGUAUCCUGAGGAUGGCCUUCCUGGACAACACUGGAACCUUCCUCCCCCCUGCCUUCGAGACCUGGUAUGAGCCAAACGCUGCGGGCGCCGACAGUGAGGAGCGAGACAAGGCCCGUAAACGCCGCCCGGUCUCUGUGUCGCCCUCCACCUCCCAGGAGCUGCAGGAGAGCCAGUAUGCGGUGGUGUGCUCUGAGAAACAGGCUAAGGUCAUAGCACUGCCCUCACAGAACUGCAUCUUCAAACACAGCAUCACAGAGACAUCGUUCGUCCUGAGGGCUGACGUGGUCCAGAUGAACAUAGGGAACUGUGUGGCCUGCUUCUGUGCUAACGGACACAUCAUGACCCUCAGUCUGCCGGGGCUGAGACCGCUGCUGGAUGUAAACUACCUGCCACUAACAGACAUGCGGAUAGCCCGGACCUUCUGCUUUACCAACCUGGGCCAGGCCAUGUACCUCACCUCCCCUACUGAGAUACAGAGGAUCACAUACAGCCAGGAGACCUGUGAGAACCUGCAGGAGAUGCUGGGAGAACUGUUCACACCAGUGGAAACCCCAGAGGCUCCCAACCGAGGAUUCUUCAAGGGCCUUUUUGGGGGAGGAGCAACUUCCCUGGACAGAGAGGAACUAUUUGGUGAGACGCAGGCGGGUAAGGCGUCCCGUGGCCUUGCCCAGCACAUCCCAGGUCCUCAGGGCCUGGAGGGCAUGAAGGGGGCAGCCUCGGGUGUGGUGGCCGACCUGGCGCGUGCCCGGAUAGCACUGGAUGAGAGAGGGCAGAAACUGGGCGAGCUGGACGAGAGGACGGCUGCCAUGUUGGCCAGCGCCGACUCCUUUGGCAAACACGCCCACGACAUGAUGCUGAAGUGCAAAGACAAGAAGUGGUACCAGUUCUGAUCUGAGAGGGGGGAGCAGAGCCAAAGGGACAUAACUUCAUCUGGACUCUACAUGCCCCCCUCCUCCAUCUCUCUAUCCAUCCCUCCUUCCAUCUCUCCUUCCUCCGCUGGACACGUGGGACACGCUUUCCUAGCACAAUAUUGUAUACUGUAUUUACUUCAGUCAUAAGGUUACAAACUGAGGAACGGACUGGAGAGAAAAGAGGUGUUCUCUUUUUUGUUCUUGUUUGUUUUUCCCAUCUGUGACCUGCCGAUUGACUGGAGCUCUGGGGUUCCCUCAUCCUCAUUCGGCAAAAUGUUCUGUGCCGUUGUCUCUGCUCCAACCAAUCCGGGGCAUACACUAACAGACACAUUCAAACACAACUGAGAGAAAAAAUAAACAAUGAAGAAACAACUACAAAAAAAAAUCUAAAUGUAAAAAGAGGAAAAAAAGAAUAUAUAUACAUAAUUAUAUAUACAUAAAUCUAUAUAAAUGAUCAAAACUGUAUUCACUUCCCACUGUCAAGUGCAAAACAACAAGAGGACAACUUUCAGGCGGAGACAAACUGGUGGUGUGAGGGGCAAAGGAAGCUCUACUCAAAGUCACAGGAGGUGAUAUCAUAGUUGCAGGAUAAAAAAACAGGUAAUUCCAAUGUACACUGGAUCCCCUCUCCUUGCUCCGACUAGACUCUCCUCAUCAUAUAGAUUCACUGUUUUCACAUCGUUCCCAACUGUAUUAUACAUGUUUUAAAGGUAGAGUCAGCUGUAUGAUGUAGAUGCACAAAGUAAACAGCAUAGUGGGUCAAUUUCUGCAGCAACUAAGAGCUUUGGAGCACGAGGCUAAACCUCUCAGCUGUUUUGGUCCCGUGGCUACCAUACUGUAAGUGCGCAAAACGAACCCGUGCGUGCACAGAAGCAGAUACUCUGUGUGAUUAUGUGAGAGCGAAGUCUUGUAUCUUGCUCAUUGCCAUAGCUGUGGUGCUGCUCGUGCAAUGUAAAUUCGCUAACUCUACCUUUAAUUAAUCUCUUCUUGUUUAUUGUUUGUUUUGUUCUGUUAUUGUAAAUCUGUUUUUCUUUUUCUUAGCUGUCGUGAACAUUGUGAAUGAUGAUGUGUUUUUAUUUGGUCAUGUUGCCAGUAUGUUUUGUGUCUUUAUUAAACUCCCAUAAAGCUAUCCUUAUAAAAAAGGGCUGGAUUCAAAAACAGGUCAUGGAUAUAAAAUACAUAGAUUUAUCAUUCAGAUCAGUACACGUCACCAUCAAUAAUGUUUCAUAUCAGGUGUCAGACACAGAUCAGAACUCCAGAGGCAAGACUGUCACUGUCUCCGUCUCUCCCUGAAGUCUUUUAUUUGACAUGUAAAUGCUACCUUCCUCCCUGACCUCAUCAUGCCAUUAACAUCUGCUACAGUUUGGGCUUGUUAGUGACCCUGUAUGAAAGAUGUCAGUGUUCCAGUAGGCCUAUACACUGCUGGUCUAUCCAGACCUAUUGGAUUGAUAUUCAGGAGUAAAUAUACUCUAUGGACAUGUGAUCCUGAAGUGCACGUGAACUUGGUGAUUACUAUUAACACAUGGGAAUAAACCUAUUUGUUUGUGUUCAAAUAUGCAGGACUAUAUAUACAGUAUGUACGUUCACGCAAAGUCAUACGUUUUUGAAGACUGAAACUUUUCUAGUUUUCCUUGAGAAUUGUCCGUAAAAUAUUUUGUCAGUUUGAGUGGUCUGUUUAUUGACAUUUUAUUUAUUUAAAUGUAAGAGACGCUGCUAUAUGUGUGGUGUGUCGAAACCGUCUGUUGUUUAGAAAUCUGUUUCUAUCCCUAUUUCAGUGGUGAAAGCACUCAUUUGUAUGUCCUUCAAUGCUCUGCCAGGCUUCUCUAUCGUUCUGUUGUAAAUAGGUAAAUAAUUUGACAAUCUAAGGCCAAUUGGAAAAGUGUUGGGUGUUGCUCAAGCAAGCGACUCAAGGACAGCUGCCAUAUUUUUAAUGACGCCAAAGAGUUACUUUAGCUUUCGUUUCCUUGUUCCGUUACUCAACUUGGCAUUCCAGAAGUUUGACUAAUUAAAAUACAAUAGGCAUAGGUCUAUAUGGGGCCUUGGGAACUGUGCAUUCUGACCCGGUCACUGGGCUAGGUUCCCUUCUCAAGGAGAGUGGGAUAUGCAAAAAAAAAAACAUUUACAAUUCACACAUGCAUAUUAAUACACACUUGUACAUGUGUGAAAUAGGACAAAUAUAAGCACCCACCAAAUGAUUAUUAUUAGUGAGGGUAGCAAGUUUUUAGUAUGGAACAACCAUUGUAUUCACAACAUUGUGCCCAUCAUAAAAGUUCUAAAGUGGUAUUUGGCUAACUUCUAAGUAGCCUGCACCUUCUCCUAAAAGGACCAUAGGAGCAUUCCACUGUUGCUAUGACCAGCACAUUAUCUUAAAUGUUCAACUUUGUGGUCUUUGACAUUGUUUCGUGCUGUAUGAUCGAUAAUGACUUGUUUUCUUGUCUCAAAAUGCUUAAUUUUGGUGACCAAUCAAUCUGUGUCAAAUCAAUUGUGGAAAAUCAGCAAGAGUAUGGGAAGAAAAGAAAAGAAACAACACAGUAACCACAGUAACGACACAGUAAGCACAGUAAUGACACACGAACCACAGUAAGGAGAGGAUGUCUGCAUCAGCAGGAUGAUGCAACCUCUGUGUAAUGUGGCUCCAUCAUUGACCGGCCUCGCAUGUUCAGUGUCUCAGUCUGCACACAUCAUGCUUCAUCUCUCCCUGGCUUGUCUUCUAAUGCAUUCUCCUUCUACUCUAGUAACAAUUCCAAGUGGCUCAUUUUGGAGAUCCUAACGUGCAGGUUUGGUCUCUUUUUCUGUGUUCUAGUAUGCACUGUUGUGUGGUUGUUGAUAGGUAGCCCUGCUUCAAUCUUCCAAGGAGAAAAAAUGACUUACAAAAAAAAUUAUUAAGGUCCUUCCCGUUCAUUCUAGAUCUCUUUUAUUUUUCAGAUUUUCGAUGAGUUUUCUCUUGUCUUUGAGUGAGUUGUUUCUUGCCCACACACUCAGUACGCAGUAUUCUUCUUACCUGCUAUUAUUCAUACUCACAAGAGGGAGUCUGUCCGCCAUAAUGCCAUUUCUGUCCUGGAUUUAACAGUUAUCAGUGGGUUGCAGUGUUUUCUCAUUGUAGCCAAUUUUCUUGUACAGUUUUAUGCAAAUUUCACAUGGAUGUUUAUGACUUUAUCUGCUGCCACAAACAAUUUAGAAAUAAUUCUGUAGAUAGAAAUGACUGUGCAAUGGAAAAUAAAAGUGGAAAACAUG